GGGCUUUUGAUUCUUCUUUCUUCUGUGCUAGGGCAUCGGGCGGAGAAGGUGCGAGUGAGACCACUACGGCUAGCUAUCGACGGCGAACACCGUUUAGUUACAGGUGAGAAGCCAAUUCAGCAAAGGAAAUAGAAACUGAGAAACAUGCCGCUUUAUGAUUGUAUGCUGUUGUUGAAGCCCCAUGUUAAGAAGGAGGCUCUGAUGGACUUGGUUGCUCGGGUAGGAGGACAUGUUUACAGAAGGAAUGGUGUUCUUACCGACAUUAAAUCUUUUGGCACUGUUCAUUUGGGUUAUGGUAUUAGGAAACUCGAUGGGAGACAUUACAAGGGUCAAUUGAUGCAGAUGACAAUGAUGGCUACGCCAAACUUCAACAAGGAGCUACAGUACCUGAAUAAGGAAGAUCGGCUACUACGAUGGCUUCUAGUGAAGCACAGGGACACAAAAUAUGGGCUGGAAUUUGUGGGUGAAGAUGAUGGAAAAGGUGAGCUGAAUAAGUUUCCCAGGAGUAGAAUAUAUGAUGAGGAAGACAUUGAUGAUGACGAUGAUGAUGAUGACGAUGAGGAAUAUGAGAUACACGAAGAGGAGGCCAAGAAAAACUGAACUGUGAAUUGAACUAUUUGGUCUUGCUUAUGUUUUUUAUGAUUUUAUCCGUUUUAAAGAGAGUUUGUACCGCAGGUUCAUUUAAUCGGCUUAAAUGUCUUUUUGAAUUCUGAAUCUUAUGUAGCUUUGAAGUUGUGUUUAUUUUUGGUUGGUUUGUAAAUGCAUAAUUAACAUUCUGGUUUGAUGAUUGAUCAACCAACCUAAU